AUGCGUAUUCCAUAUUUAAAUAUACCAUGUGUAUUAAAUGAAACAUGUUUUCAUGGACAAUGUAUUCAUGUUAAUGAUUUUCUUAUUGGUUGGUAUGAAUAUUGUUUAUGUAAUCAUUAUUAUUCAGGUUAUGAAUGUAAUGAACAAACAAAAUUAAACCGAAUUGAUUGGUUUAUUAUUUUAUCAUGUUUAAUAACAUGUUUAUGUAUUAUUCUAUGUAUUUUAUGUAUACCAUUUUUAUAUAAUUUUUUAAAAGAUGAUUUUUAUCCACAAAUAAUUGAAUGUACACGUUCAACACCAUAUGUUGAAAUUAGUUCACCAAGUUCAACUAUAUAUAAUGGUAUGCGUAUCUAUCGAAUACCAUCAGAAUAUUUAUCAAGACGACGAACGAUUAUUGAUCGACUUAUACCAUUACAUUCUAUAUCAUCACUUGCUUAUUUAACUCGUAUUAGAAAUAUGAGACAUCAAAGAAGAAAUGAACAGAUACAUCUAUGA